ACAUUCACAAGGCGAAUGAGAGGAAGCCAACUUGGAAACACAGCGGAGGGAUAGAAACAAAGUCGGUGAAGACUUGAGUUACUCAGAGCUAGGCGUCACUGGACUGGUGGACCGCCGAGGAGGCAGCUGCACGCGGCGGCUUGUGAUGAAACACCGCUGUCCGAGUUUACAGCUCUAAACUCUAAAAAUCUAAAGUUUUUAGAUUUUGCUUGACAAACUUUCGGCGCGUCUUCUGUCGAGUGCGCUCCAAGUGUGCCCUGUCUGUCCGGCCUGGGAAACGAGCGACCCGUCCCCACAUGCCUUCUUCCCGCUAGUCAAACUCAGCGCCCAGGUGAGCUUCAAGUCCGGAUCGCACGCGGACCUCAGCAGGUAACGGUGGUCAUUUCACCCACGGCGGUCCCUUUGACGCCCCCCAGUCACGCUUCACGACUCUGGAGAGAAGCACCGAGGAGCCGCCGAGCUCCAAAAUCAGGAUAUGGAUCUAACAACAGAGACCGAAAAUCGACGCGGCGAGGGUGGGGGGAGACUCCGAAUCGACCCCCUGUACGUUGUCGCUAUCAUCUGCUUCCAAGUUUUAUCCAUCGGGGCUGCUGCCAUCCAGUUCACCAGAGAGCCCAAGUCUCAGGAUGCCCUGCAUGGCCGUAGCGCCAUGCUCCGCUGUGAGGUCAGCGAUCCGACUGACAUCACGUACCGCUGGCUCCACAAUGGGCAGCCGCUGGAAAACAGCGAGAGGAGGCACCAGGAGGGCAGCAAUCUCAAAUUCAUCACUGUGGACCGUCAACAGGAUGCAGGAAACUUUGAGUGUGUGGCACAGAACACGGCCAUGGGAGAGGUGCUCCACUCCACGAACGCCUCUUUCAACAUCAAAUGGUUAGAAAGCGGUGGUGUGACAUUAAAGGAGCCCAUCUCAGAAGGGGAAAUCGAGAGCUCAGCCCCCGUCACGCUUCGCUGUCACAUUGACGGACACCCACGGCCAACCUGCCAGUGGUUCAAAGACGGAGUGAAACUGACUGAGAAAAGCCAUCAGAUCAACAACAAGGAACGAACACUCACAAUCAAGAGCGCCACUCCAGAUGACAAUGGUCUGUUCUACUGUUGUGCCAAGAACGCAGCCGGCCACGUCUGCAGCAACAGUAAUUUCACACUCAACAUCAUAGAUAAGAGCUUUCCUCGACCAGUGGUCACUCCCGAGGACCAGGUGGUUAUGAGGAAUGAAGAAGCUGUGUUCCACUGCCAGUUCACGGCUGUGCCGCCUCCUGCUCUGGAAUGGUAUCACGAAAGCGAGCUGCUGGUCAAUAAAACUCGUGUGUUCCUGCUAUCCAACGGGUCACUGCUCAUCACCCAGGUCAAACCCAGGAACACAGGCAAUUACAAGUGUGUUGGGCGUGGUGUCGGCGGCUCCCAAGUCACACAUGAGGCUUCCCUACUUAUAGCAGAGAUUGAGGACAUGAUGCCCAAGAUGUCAAAGGUUUUCACAGCGGACACCCUGCAGCGGGUUCCUUGCAACGCCCCACGUGGACGACCCCAGCCCGAAGUCUGGUGGGAGAGGCGAGGUCAGAGGGUGCCCACAGAGGGACGAGUGUACCAGGAUGGCUCGGAUCUGGUCUUCAGCCCAACGGAGGCGGGCGAUUCUGGAGUCUACACCUGCAUAGCUCAAAACAAGGCAGGCCGCAGGACACAAGAAGUUACAUUCACUGUGGCCACCGCCCCUGUGUGGGUAACAAGGCCCCAAGACAGUCGUUUGGAAGAAGGUAAACCAGGUUAUCUGCACUGUCACGCCAAAGCAACUCCUGAACCUGAGGUCACAUGGCUUCGCAACAACAUCAUGAUCACAGCAGAGGACUCCCGUUUUAAACUAUUCCCGAACGGCACACUGAGGAUCAACAGCGUCGAGGUGUACGACGGACAGAUGUACGGCUGUGAGACCAAAACCGUGGGUGGUCGACUAUCUGGCCAGGCCAGAGUCACCGUGCUGGAGAAGCUCAAGUUUACCCCAACGCCACAACCUUCCCAGUGCCUGGAGCUGGAUAAUGAGAUCACCAUCCAGUGCUCAGCUAAAGGCAGAGAAAGUCCCACCAUCCGUUGGACUAAAACAGACGGAGGAGACCUUCCACCCCAUGUGGACCAGAAAAACGGCCAACUUCACUUCUCCAAAGUCACCCGCAGUGACGCGGGCAAUUACACCUGCAUCGCCUCCAACAGCCUCCAGGGGGAGAUCAGAGCUUUGGUGUCCCUCACAGUGGCAGUGUACAUUCGCUUUAAAGUGGAGCCUGAGAAUACGACAGUGUACCAGGGCCACACGGCGAUACUACACUGCCAGGCCAGCGGCAACCCUGAGCCUCAUAUCCACUGGAUGGUGAAAGACAAGACGCUGGACAUCAGUAAGAACAGAAGGAUCCAGAAGAUGCCCAAUGGUUCCCUUGUGAUUGCAGACGUCACAACAGAUAACACAGGCAGAUAUACUUGUGUGGCUGGAAACAGCUGCAGCAUCAAAGACCGCGUGGCUCAGCUGUAUGUCGUUGAUAAACCUGCCCAGACGCAUGACGAGGACGAGGACAGAGCGCCCUACAAAAUGAUUCAAACGAUCGGCCUCUCUGUGGGGGCGGCUGUGGCGUACAUCAUCGUGGUGCUCGGCCUCAUGUUCUACUGCAAAAAGAGGCGCAACGCCAAAAGGCAGCACAAGCGUCCAGAUGGAGAGGAGCCAGAGAUGGAGUGCCUCAAUGGAGGGGCUGUUCAACAAAAUGGCCACACCGCCACUGAGAUCCAAGAAGAGGUGGCACUCACCAACAUGGGUACCAUGGCAACAACCGAGAAGCGCCACAGCCACGUUAACAGCGACAAGCUGCACUUCCCCCGAGCAAACCUGCAGACGAUCACUACCUUAGGCAAAGGAGAGUUUGGCGAGGUGCUGCUGUCCAAAGCCAAGGGCAUCGACGAGAGGGAGGAGGAAACGGUGGUGCUGGUGAAGAGCCUCCAGACUCGAGACGAGCAGCUUCAGCUCGACUUCCGACGGGAAGCAGAAAUGUUCGGCAAGCUCAGCCACCCCAACGUGGUCCGCCUGCUGGGUCUGUGCAGAGAAGCCGAGCCCCACUACAUGGUUCUGGAGUACUACGACUUGGGCGAUUUAAAGCAGUUCCUGAGGAUUUCCAAAAACAAAGACGAGAAAGUGAAAUCUCAGCCUCUCAGCACCAAGACCAAAGUUUCCAUCUGUGCCCAAGUAGCUCACGGGAUGGAGCAUCUGUCCAAUCAUCGCUUCGUUCACAAAGACUUGGCGGCCCGAAACUGCCUUGUCAGCAGUCAGCGACGCGUCAAGGUGUCAUCGCUCAGCCUCAGCAAAGACGUUUACAAAAGUGAGUACUAUCGCUACAGACAAGCAUGGAUCCCCCUGCGCUGGCUCCCGUCAGAGUCUGUGUUUGAGGACGACUUCUCCACCAAGUCUGACGUUUGGGCCUUCGGCGUGCUCAUGUGGGAGGUGUUCAGUCACGGGGAAAUGCCGUACACCAAACUUGGAGACAACGAAGUGCUGGAAGGCCUGCAGACCGGCAAGCUGAAGCUGCCUCCCCCAGACGGAUGCCCCUCCAAAAUGUACAAGCUGAUGGUCAGCUGCUGGGCCCCCAGCCUCAAGGAGCGCCCCUCCUUCAGUGACAUUGUCCACAGCCUGGGAGAGCCGCCCUCUGACAGCAAAGUGUGAGACAUCAAAAAAGGGGAACUCCCUUUCCCCUACCAAUAAAAGACAGCAAUGUCUGACAUUUCAGGGAACAAGAGUUUUAAAUAUGCAUUUCAAGCAUUUUAGAAAACAGGUGUGGACGAGUUUGCCAUUUCAGUGGAUGCACGCUCAUUCUUCAUUUUUUAAUUUUUUUUAAUGAAUGACUACUUGGGGCUGGCGCCGUGAAUUUAGUUUGCCUUAAACACAACAUGGAUGAUCACCCAGUUCAACCUCACAUCUGUGUGAACUCUGAGAUUCUUCACAAACUCUGUGCCUCGAUUUGUGCGCGCACACACACAGACACAUCUAGAUCAAAUCCGAACCAGCCAAGCACAAUCUGUCAAACAAAGUAUCCAUUUUAAGUGGCUCCAAACCAACGUCUGUCUUUGAACCCAUCCUCCAGUCAGCUGCAUCAACCAUAUGGAUGUGCGAAGUGCGCUCGCGUGCGUGUGUGUGGACUCUGUAAGUUCCAGAAUGUGCAGUUGUUCGCAUGAAGGUGUGUAACUGUUACACUUUUGAUGUUCAACAUGAGCUGACAUCUUUUUUUUUUUUAACGAGCCUGUUACAAUAAUGAA